ACCCCAAGGUCACCGACCUCACCACAGGGGACCUGCAAGACCCUCCGCCCCUCUAGCUAGUCCCGUACUCGUGGGUAUAGAAUAUUUCACAUGAGGCUGCAGGACCAGCUGGAUGGCAGGGUGGCCUACGCCAAGAUCACAGACAUCUCCACCAGGGCCUCAGAUUUCAGGUCAUUUGCCCUGAUUCAGGGUUUUUUCAGAGUGCUUGCUUGUACCUGUAAGAAAUUGAAAGGUGAUGCAGGAGACGAAGUACAGAAUCUGCAGACACAAGUACUUGAAGUAGAAAAUAAUACUGGAAGUACCUCCAAUAACAGCCAGUAUUAACAAGUUGUUGUCAAACAUGUUUAUC